AUAAGCCUUAGUUUGUCAAAAAGUCAGCCACAGUAUUUCCUUCUUUAAAUAUGUGUCUCAUUGCUGAAUAAUUUUUUUUAAUUAAUUGGAUAUUCCUUGGCAAAUAUUUGAUUCAAAAGCAUAUCUUUCGAACAUUAUGCAUUGAACAAUCCACAACCAUAAAUGGAGACGAAGACACGCUGGGCCUAGAAAGCCAGAAAAACCUCAAAAUUUCUUUUUGUCACGUCUUCUCUACUUUCCCAAAGGCCAAAAGCCAUGGAAGCCUGGUUCCUCAUCGUUCUCACGAUCUCUAUUUCUCUUCUUCUCAAGGCCUUCCUCAACCUCUUCUACCCUUCCAAAAAGCUUCCCCACACUCUCCCUCCAGGCCCUCCCACUUUCCCUAUCAUCGGUAACAUCUUAUGGCUCCGCAAAUCUUUCUUCCAAAUAGAACCAAUCCUCCGCGACCUCCGUACAAAGCUUGGCCCCAUGGUCACCAUCCACAUCGGUCCUCGCCCUGCCAUCUUUGUCUUCGAUCGUUCCCUUGCUCACCAGGUCUUACUCCAAAAUGGUGCUGUUUUCGCUAAUCGCCCCAAACCCCUCGUCACCAACAAAUGUUUCAACAUCAGCUCUGCCUUCUAUGGCCCUAUGUGGCGCCUCCUGAGACGCAACCUAACAUCUGAAAUCCUCCAUCCUUCAUGUAUAAAAUCCUACUCUCAUUCACGAAACUGGGUACUAAGAAUCCUGUUAGAUUGCUUCAAGUCCCAGUAUAAAUCAGGUGAUCCAGUUUAUGUACUAAAGCAUUUCCAAUAUGCUAUGUUUUGCCUAUUGGCACUAAUGUGUUUUGGUGACAAGCUCGAAUCAAAACAGAUAAAAAGAAUUGAAGAAGUCCAUCGUGGCUUGCUGUUGAAUAUUGAUAGAUUCAAUAUACUGAACUUCUGGCCAAGGGUGACAAAAAUUAUAUUUCACAAAAGAUGGAAAGAGUUAUUGCAAGUAAGAAGAAAGCAAGAAGAGGUUUUGAUCCCUCUGAUAAGAUCAAGAAGAAACAUCAGGGAGGAACUCAACAAAGUAAAACAAGAGAAAGAUGGAAAUGUGUUAGCAUGUGUUGAUACUUUGUUUGAUUUACAGCUUCCAGAAGAUCAGAGAAAGCUAAAGGAAGAAGAAAUGGCUACUCUUUGCCCAGAGUUUCUUGAUGCAGGCACAGAUACUACAUCAACAGCUUUGCAAUGGAUCAUGGCAAAUUUGGUCAAGUAUCAAAAUGUUCAAGAAAAGCUAUAUAGGGUAAUUAAAGGGGUUGUCGGAGAGGGAGCAGAAAUGGUGAAAGAGGAAGAUCUACAUCAGAUGCCAUAUCUCAAAGCUGUUAUUUUAGAGGGUUUAAGGCGUCACCCUCCUGCACAUUUAGUACUACCUCACGCGGCGACCGAAGAUGUAGUUUUGAAUGGUUGCUUGGUGCCUAAGAAUGGGACAUUGAAUUUUAUGGUAGCAGAGAUUGGGUGUGACUCAACCGUGUGGGAAGAUUCUAUGGCAUUCAAGCCAGAGAGGUUUUUGAGUAGCAGGAAAAAGGGAGGGGAGGCCUUUGACUUAACUGGAAGUAGGGAUAUUAAAAUGAUGCCAUUCGGUGUUGGAAGGAGGAUUUGCCAUGGCCUUGUUUUGGCCAUGCUUCACUUAGAAUAUUUUGUGGCAAAUUUGGUUUGGCAGGUCGAGUGGACUGCUGUACAUGGAGAUGAUGUAGACUUGUCUGAGAAACAAGAGUUCACUACGGUGAUGAAAUAUCCAUUAAAAGCUCAUAUAACUCCAAGGUUUGGAUGA